ACCGGCGAAAUCACCUACUUCGCCACCGGCCUCGGCGCCUGCGGCGAAACGAACAAGAACGGCGACAAAAUCGUCGCGGUGUCACAGAUUCUCUUCGAUAAAGCGGGUUCCAGUUCGAGCAAAGGUGGGAACUCGAAUUCGAAUCCGCUGUGUGGGAAAAUGCUCCGCGCGACGGUAUUCGAUCAAGAUCGAGGGCAGCAAAGGAGCGUGGAUUUGAGGGUCGUGGAUCGGUGUACGGGGUGUGAUCCGACGGAUUUGGACGUUACGGAGGAUGUGUUCAAGGGGUUGGCGAGUGUUGAUAGAGGGAGGGUGGAGGUGAAGUGGGCUUGGUUGCAGUGA